AUGAAGGAGAGGGUGAGGACUGUGCUUCAGAAUUUUUGCCUCAGUGAGAAGCAAGUUCGACAGAUUCAAGCGCAACUCAUUCGCCGCAAACUCUAUCCAGACUCCAGAAUCGCCGAGCACUUCAUCGGCGCGUGCCAUUCACACGCCCUUCUCAACUCCGCUCUUCUUCUCUUCACCACCCUCCUACCUUCAGCCCACGUUUACAUCUUCAAUACCCUCAUCAGAGUCUUCUCCCAAUCCCAAAUCCCACACACACCUCUCUCAAUCUACACCCAUAUGCGCCGCAACAACGUUCUCCCCAACAACUUCACCUUCCCACCUCUCUUCAAGUCCCUCUCCGACACCCGCCACGUCACACAAGGCCGCUGCGUCCACACCCAUGUCCUCAAACUCGGCCACCUUCAAGACCUCUUCGUUCACAAUGCCCUCCUCGACGUUUACGCCUCGUGCCGCCACGUGGCGUUGUGUCGACGCCUGUUCGAUGAAAUGCCUCAGAGAGACGUCGUUUCCUGGAGCGUGUUGAUCGCGGGGUACAACAACGUUGGGAACUAUGAUGAUGCCUUGGUUGUGUUUGAGCAAAUGCAGUAUGCGGGUUUUGUGCCUAAUAGGGUCACGAUGAUCAACGCGUUGCAUGCUUGCACUCACUCAGGUAAUGUUGAAAUGGGGGCGUGGAUACAUGGGGUUGUAGAAAGGGAGGGUUGGGAAUUGGAUGUGAUAUUGGGGACGGCUUUGGUUGACAUGUAUGGAAAAUGUGGAAGAGUUGAAGAAGGGUUGAACGUGUUCAGGAGCAUGAAGGAAAAAAAUGUGUUCACUUGGAAUGCGGUUAUUAAAGGGUUAGCUUUGGCAAAGAGUGGACAUGAGGCGAUUUGGUGGUUUAACAGAAUGGAGAAUGAAGGUGUAAGAGCCGAUGAAGUGACUUUGUUGGCCGUUCUAUCUGCGUGCAGUCACUCGGGUUUGGUGGACAAGGGUAGAGAGAUUUUUGUUUUGUUGGUUGAUGGGAGGUAUGGGUUUUGUGCUAAUGUUAAACACUAUGCUUGUAUGGUUGACGUGUUGGCGCGUUCUGGGCGUUUGCAUGAGGCUUUUGAGUUCAUGGAGCGUAUGCCUUUUGGACCCACCAAAGCUAUGUGGGGAUCGUUACUGGUUGGUUCUAAAGCUCAGGGCGACUUGGAGUUGGGCCUGCUGGCGGCUGGAAAGCUCAUCGAAUUGGAGAAGGGGAACACUGCAUAUUAUGUUCAUCUGUCGAAUCUGUAUGCAGAAAUGGGAAGAUGGGGGGAUGUUGAGAAAGUGAGAAGGGUGAUGAAGGAUAGACAACUCACUAAGGACUUGGGGUGUAGUUCUGUGGAAGUAGAACACCAAGAAUUUUUGGCAUAG